AUGCCCCUAGCUGUUGCAGACGUCACUUCUGUCUCCGACUUCGACGCCAUAAUCCCCCUCCUGUACUCCGCAUACCAAACCCCCUACAACCCACUCUUCAAGCACUGCUUCCCUCCACUCCCCACUUCCGAAGCCGCCCAGCAAUACUGGAAAGAUUACCUUGCGCGGCAGUGGAGAGACAACAAGUCUACGCGUCAUUGGGGGAAAGUGACGGAUGAGGAGAGGGGGAUGAUUAUAGGGGCUGCGGGUUAUAGUAUUGAGAGGGGUGGGCAGGAAGAGAGGAGUGAUAGGGGAGAGGAGGAUGAUGAAAAACACUUGCCAGAGAAGGGAAGCGUGGAGAGGGUAUUUAUGGAGAGGUUGGUUGAUGAGCUUGCGGUGGGACCACUGAGGAAGUGUGUCGGGGAGCGUGCGCAUGUUGAGCUUCACUUCCUCGUCGUCCACCCCGACCAUCGUCGCCGAGGUGCAGCGGGCAUGCUCCUCAAUUGGGGCAGAAAGCUCUCUGAUGAGGCGGGAUUAGAGACAGUCGUCAUAUCCACGCCUGCUGGGCGACUCGUGUACGAGAACUGCGGAUUCACGCUACUAGAGAUUAUGCCGCAGAUGGAGAUCAACAGUGUCGGAGAGACGAAGUGGACGGACGCGGAAAGAGAGCAGUGGAGGGAAUAUGCGAGCGAGGACUUGGGAGCCUAUUUACUAUGGAGGCCUGCUGGACACGACUUUGUAGAGGGAGUAGAUGCGCAGCCUUGCUAG